UUCCCGCCCCACCCUGAGCUCCUGUACUAAAGUUUGACACAGACCCUCCACCGCUGCAUGUUAGGACAGAAGAAGCUGUUCUCAUUCCCACAGUCUGUUGGACUUUGAGUGUAGAUUUUCUGUCCAUAUCCACAUACCUAUCAACAAUCACUUCAGGAUGCCUCUUGGGGGUGGAAACAAAUGUGGCUGCUGCCAGAAAACAGUGUACUUUGCAGAGGAAGUGCAGUGUGAAGGACGGAGCUUCCACAGAUCCUGUUUCCUGUGCAUGGUGUGCAGGAAAAAUCUAGACAGCACUACCGUGGCCGUCCAUGAGGAUGAGAUCUACUGCAAGGCCUGUUACGGCAAAAAAUACGGGCCCAAAGGCUACGGCUACGGCGCUGGUGCAGGAACUCUGAGCAUGGACAAAGGAGAGUCGCUGGGCAUUAAAGCCGAGGAGCCUCAAGAGCACCGGCCCACCAAUAACCCCAACACAUCCAAGUUUGCUCAAAAGUUCGGCAGCUCUGAUGUUUGUCCACGGUGUAGCAAGGCCGUCUACGCGGCUGAAAAAGUCAUAGGGGCAGGAAAUGCAUGGCACAAGGGUUGUUUCCGGUGUGCGAAAUGUGGAAAGGGGCUGGAAUCCACAACUUUAGCUGACAAGGAUGGAGAAAUCUUCUGCAAAGGUUGCUACGCCAAAAGCUUUGGACCAAAAGGAUUUGGAUAUGGCCAAGGUGCUGGGGCGCUGUCACACACUCAAUAGAUUCCCUACACCACAACCUUAACUAUACAUUCCCCAUUGUGAGCAUCCAUAGAAGCAGCAUGUGAAUGUCAGUGUCUUCAAAAAGGAAACCAGCGUCAGUCGAGAAGGAAACCAUUGUUCAGAUGCUUCGGUCUGUUUCUUAAACAAGAUGACACAUUCCAAAAGACAUCAUGUCAUUGUCUUAAACCCAUAAACAUCUCCUGAACACUGCCAAAUGCUUGGAAGAAUGUCAAGUAUGUAAACACAGCAUGGGAUAAACACUUAAUCUGCUCACCUAAGACGAUCACUUGAGUUUUUAGUGGAACCUGAGCUGUGCUGUCACGUCAGUAUUACUCUGCUUCGAUGUGCCAUCUGUUCUCUAACGCAUCUGCAUAUCCAGUUUAUAGUUGACCACACGCUUCUUUGAGCUUUAAUCACUGUAAAGAAUGUUCCCUUCAGCUCUGCUCAAACCAUGAAUGAUUCACAAGCACUUCCUGGCUAAAGAUGCACUAAAUUUAAUUUCAUUGUAAGUGGAAAAUAUCCCACACACGCAUUCUGCUCGGAAAUAGAAGUAAAAUAUGCAAAUAUGCAGUUUUUGUGUCUUUUCUUAUUUGUGUCCAUUAAACUGAAUGUAAAUGUUUAAAACGGUUAUAAAAAUGAACGUGCCUUGCAAGGAAGCA